UCAAAUAUACAUGUGUAGGUAGGCUACGAACACGACAAUAGGUCCCUCCCUACCGCCUAGCGCCCCGUGUUCGACCGCUAGCGGCGUCCCUGAAUCGGCUGUGCCCAAUGACUGGCUACUAGGUAAAGCUGGGUGCCCGACACAGGUAGGUGUGCGCAUCCUGUAGGCACCGUGUCCCCUGUCCGACCCCUGUAUCCCACCCGCUACAGUGCACUAGUCCAAGGCACUCGCACGCCUAAUCGCCUACCGCCUACCACACCUACCGCCCCCCCCCCCCGCCGCCCUGUACUCCCUGUCUGUAUUAAGCUCACCCCUGGCUGGCUAUGAGAUGAUGAUGGGCCCGAGCCUGGCUUCGACGGUUUCAUCCACCGUCGAGUCGACACAGUCGCUCCCCUCGUCAUCUCUGCCACCCUCGUCCCCAGGCGAGUCCUCUACGGCACGAACAGGACUGUCGUUGACCUCUGCUCUCUCACGUGGCAAAAAGAACAAGAGCUUGCCUGAUCUCCCUGUCUACGCCGUGCCAUCCAUUAAUUUCGAUGUCGACGGCAAUCUCGAUCUCGAUUUAUCUUUCGACACCGCUGUAAUCUCUGCCCCCGACCCUACGCCCAGCCCUACCAAUGAGAAUCCUGCAGGCAGUUCCAUUCGAUAUUCAUCUGGCGGCUCGAGGCCCCGGACUGAAAUUAUGGGCAGGAGGAAAUCCAUGGUGUUGAGUCGCCCGCAGUCCUGGAUUCCCUCUUCCAGAUCUACUCCCGACCUGGGUUGCCUGCCUCAGCCAGCCGUCGAAGGGAUGGUUGUCGACCGAGCAAAGGAUAAACCAACCGUUUCAAUCCCACCUACACAGGAUGGAUCGAGAACCGUCUCUGACUCUUUCGCCUCAUUUGCCAAGCGUUCUUGGAUCUCGGCUUCACGAUCACCCUCACCGAAUAAGCGACAAGAGGCUACCGGGCCCCCUGAGGAGCGGUUUGGCCGUGAACGCGCCCCGAGUAACAGCUCCGUUAUGAAGCUCCGAAAAGGCUCGCGCAACCGUUCAGAUUCUUCUUCAAGUGAAAGUACCAGUGCCCGGUCGAACGAAUCCAUGAGCAAGAUUGGCAAUUACUUGAACAAGAUAAAGCCUCGGCCUCACACAAUUCGCACAAAGACUAGGCUGCCAAAUGAGCUCGGCAGCUCAGCAUCGUCGACGACAAGUCUAGCGCCACCAUCAACUGAGACGCGUAAGUCGCAUGCUUCCGAAACGAGCAAUAGUACAUACCCUGACGACGCAACCACUGCUGCAAAUCCAUCAACUGCCCGAGAUCCAUUAUGGACCGCUUUCAAGCAUCUUGAAGUUGAUUUUCAGCGAUUUCAAUCUAAGCCUACAGCAUUGAAGAUGAGUUUGAUACGAGCCUCUCUGGUGCCGUUUCUUCAAAAAUAUGCCACAGAUCCGUCCCAUUUGAACUUGCACCAUGAGGAUCUAGAACGUAGAGCUAUCAUACUCAAUAGUUGGUGGACGGGUCUGCUUGAGAUGCUCCACGUAAGGUUUCAUCCACCCGUUCCUGGAGUUGACCGACCGAUCUUGCUCGAUGCGGUGAGCCACAUCAUGAUGCGCCCAGAGUGGCGACAGAGCACUCCUACGUUUCGUCCACUAGCUGAGAGAAAUCCUCAAGAGCGUACGCGGGGGAAAUCUCAACUAGGCUUUAAACAACCUAAUGAUUCCACAGGCUCACUUCAUUCCGCGGACUCUGCAUAUCUCGCUGAAUCGACUGGACACAAUGUUAGGAACAUGUUUACCGCCAAUCUGGUGUCGCAGAUAGCUCUUGUCGUGGAGAAGAUGUCUCUUAGGCACGCCCCUAUCAGUCUAAUCAACUUCGCUGGCAAAGCUUGUGCUUAUGCCUUCUUCUUCGCACCUGGAGUGGCGGAUGUUCUUGUUCGAUUGUGGUGUUUAACACCGAAACUAUUACGCCGCAUUACAGACGAACUGAAGCUUCCUCGAAGAAGCAGGGGUGAAAGCGAUGAUAUUGUGGCCUUAUUCCCUCACUGCAUGGAGAAGCUAGGCUGGACUUCCGUUGUCUCGCUCUCCGAAGCUCUUCGGAAGCCUGCGCAGCCACCUUUAGCAUCAACCAAGAUUCCAUGGACUGGACCCUGGAUAGGGCGGUGGAAUGGCCGCGAUAGCGAUCUGUUCUUCAUUUUCUGCAAAUACUAUUUCAUCCUCGCAGAUGACUUCACACCCCCGGGUUUGCCCCUUAUCGAGAAAGCUCGUGCUCCAGGAUUUGUUCUUGUUAACGCUCAACUACUUUCAGUUCUUGACUCAACUAUACAUCGCCAAGCGGCUAUAGAAACUCCACUGCCGGAUGCCUUCAAUGGAGCCGAUGCGUCUCUCAUGCCGCUGCAGGUGGCACCAAGUAACAGCAACAUUCUAAAGGGAAUGAGUGAGAAUAGGCUUGUUGUUCUAUUGAAAAAUCUGUUGUCAGAUGCCUCCGUAUCAUCUGACAAUGUCCGUUGUACCUUUGCUGCGUCGUUUUUGGGUGUGAUGAAAGCAGCUGUCAAGCAAACUUCCCAGUUUAAUCACGCAGCAUGUUUCACGAUCUGCGAUUUUCUUGAGGAGUCUUUAGUUAUUUACAACGAUUUUGUGGUCGGGUCUUGUCCCCAUAAUGUUGACGUUGAUUGGCCGUUCUGGGUUGAAGUCUGCAAGAAGAUUCUUGAGUCCAAUAACUCUAUGUCUGAAAUCCGGGUUCUUUCGUUUAUUUUCUCAAUAUGGGAAACUAUUGCGAGUGACCAGAGUCGCAAAGAGCGCGUCUGUCUAGACUGGCUCCUUGCUGAGGAAACCUUCGAUAAGCUAUUCAAUAACUGGUGCCCUAUGGUUCGCGCUUAUUAUAUGAGACUAUUAUGUUGGAGAAUCUGCAGAGAUGCUGGGAAUGCCAACGACUCUGACGCGCGAAUAUUCCUACUCGUAUUUACUCGAUUAAAGACAGUUUGGAGCCAUUAUCUCUGGCUUAAGCAAGAUAGCGAACAAAAAGCCAAGCUUCCGCCAUCAACGGCGCCUUCAUUUCCUACACCAGGCAAACGAUUUAUGAUUAUAAGGACGGAAAUUCCUACCAUACAGUCCGGGUUUAUCGCAGGAUUUGACUCGUUGCCCACCUCACCGAGACAAGACACGUCGGGUGCUCCUCCAACAGACUUUGACUCUAUGAACACAUCGAAUCUCAACCCAGAGCAUACUGGCACUGCAAAUACAAAGAAGACAUGGUCUAUCUUCGGCAAAAUAUUCUCACCCUCCACCAAUGUAGGUGACAAUGACGAUCUAGAGACUCUACGGCGGGAGACAGCAGCAGCAAGAACAAGCGUCGCGCAUCCACCUCGGAUAUCAACCCGUGUUGCCAGUCCAACUAACUCGGAUGCUGACAGCAUUGGAUCUUCGCCUACUUUUGAAGCAACCCAGUAUCUCUUCAAGUUUAUAUUGUCAUGGAAUAACGCUGGUACAAUGCCUCCUCCCAACCGCAUACUAACUCGACCGCGACUCCCAAAUCCGGCACAGUCUUGGGUGAUCAUGAAGGGACAAGGGAGCAGCCCACCGCCAAUUGCAGGGCGACCAGCACCAACUCGCGCAGUUUCUGGGAGUGCCCUUCCAGGACUCGUCGACUCGGCUAAGAAUGCCGAUAUUUCGGAAGUCCAUGCCUCACCAAGUUCUUCCCCUACACCAUUGGACGGGCGGGAUAGCAUUGGGCAGUUCAGUUUUACUGACCUCCACGAGGAUGAUAUGCCAUUGCGUGCUGCAGCUGGGCUUAGUAAAGAGAAUCUGGUCAACCCCGUGAAGCCAACCGGUACAUUUGCCAGAAGCGUCAAAUAUGCUGGACGGGCCUUGGCCGAAUGGAGUCUAGUUGUUGCUGAGUGCAAUAGCUUCGUUGAGCGAAGACGGGAGGAGGGCGUCCUAGGUCUCCAAGACGUCGAAGUACCAGCGCUUAGUGUAGAGGGUUUUCGAAAGAUAAGUGGAUGAAUUGACUAUGUCGCGCACCAUUCAUCCUUGGUAUCGCAUCCAACAAACACCCACGGCCCACGGCGAGGUCGAAACAACGGCUGUAAUGACGGUCUCUAAAGGCAAAAUCCCAGAGAGCUGGUUGUCUCGGUAUGCCUCACAUCUCUGUCAUGCGUAACCGUCUAGGUCUACCGAUCACGCAUCUACCUAGAUUCGGGCUUCCCGAGGUUUCAGGCUGUUUCAAUCCAACUUUGCAUUCACGACGUUUGCGGCGUCCAGUGUA